ACAGCAAAAUGUCAGCAAAAACAAAAUUACUUCACCUCGGAGAACACGAGUGAGGUUUGUCACGGCGAAAAAUUUUUCGUAAUUUCGUCAAGUCUACCCAGUGAUAUUACAGCAGCAAAAUGUCUGAUUGGGAUACGGUUACCAUUCUACGCAAAAAACCGCCUAAAGCGUCUGCAUUGAAGACUGAACAAGCCGUUAAUGCCGCACGUCGUCAAGGUUUGCCCGUGGAUACUCAACAAAAAUAUGGUGCAGGUACUAAUAAACAACACGUUACCACAAAAAAUACAGCUAAAUUGGACAGAGAAACUGAAGAACUGCGCCACGAUAAGAUUCCGUUGGAUCUGGGAAAACUUAUAAUGCAAGGACGGCAGGCUAAAGGCAUGAGCCAGAAGGAUUUGGCUACGAAAAUUUGUGAAAAACCUCAAAUUGUAAACGAUUAUGAAGCCGGUCGUGGAAUACCCAAUAACAUUGUACUCGGCAAAAUCGAAAGAGCAAUUGGCAUAAAACUUCGCGGAAAAGAAAGAGGCCAACCACUACAGCCUCCUGGAGGAAAGAAAUAACGGAUUCCCUGGGAGGCGAAGACUAUACUCCGAUUAUUUAUUGCAUAAUAAUUGCCUCUAAAUUGCUGUUAAAAUCUCAAUGUAUAGGUCACAUUGAAAAAAGAAUAUUCAUUUAAUUUUCUCUGGAAUGUUCCGUUUGUGAUUACGACAUAUUUCUAUGCUGUUGUGUGGGCAUUAUCUAGUGUUACCACCACGAAAAAUAAUUAUAAUGUUGA